UUAACCCUAAUACUGGAAAACAUCAUAUUAUAGUGUUCGAUAGUAAAUUUUCUUUUCAGAUCCCAAAUUCUCAACAACCCCAACCUAAGAUAAAAACACAGCACGAGAGUGGAGAAGAAGAAGAAGAAAGGCUAAUAACAUAGCAGCACUGAAGUUCGUGCCAGCAAGCAGCCAUGGAUGCUAUACGGAAGCAGCUCGAUGUGUUGAUGGGAGCCAACCGCAACGGCGAUGUCCGUGAAGUCAAUCGCAAGUACUACGAUCGCGACGUCUGUCGUCUCUACCUUGUCGGUCUCUGUCCUCACGAACUCUUCCAGUUAACGAAAAUGGACAUGGGACCUUGCCCCAAGGUGCACUCUCUUCAGCUCCGGAAAGAAUACGAGGAGGCGAAGGCGAAAGGGACUGAUAAUUAUGACAGGGAAUUGGAGGAUGUCAUAGAUAAGCUUAUUGGUGAGUGUGAUAGGAAAAUUGGCAGGGCUCUCAAGCGGCUCGAGGACGAGGAUGCAAAGGCUGCCAUUGCGAUUUCGGUCUCCGAAGUUACUCAAACCCCUGAGGUGCUUGAGUUGUCUAAGCAAAUUAAAGAGAAGUUGAAAGAAGCUGAUCAAUACGAUCUUGAAGGCAAGACAGAUCUCAAGAUUCGAGCUUUAGAGGUCGUAGAGGAACUUAGAACUAAGAGAGCAGACAAGCAGUCCAUGCUUCUUUUAGAUGCCUUUAACAAAGACAGGGCAUCUUUACCUACACCUCUGCCAAAUCCACCACCUUUGGCACCCCUACCUGUAGUUGCUCCUGAUCCUCGAACACAAGAGAUGAUAAAUGAAAAACUGAAGAAGGCUGAGGAUCUUGGUGAACAAGGAAUGGUUGAUGAGGCUCAAAAGGCAUUGGAAGAGGCUGAAGCACUUAAGAAGCUUCCUGCCAGGCAGGAGCCAGUGUUGGAUUCAUCAAAGUAUACAGCAGCAGAUGUCCGGAUUACCGAUCAAAAGCUACGUGUGUGCGACAUUUGUGGAGCUUUUUUGAGUGUUUAUGACAGCGAUCGCCGAUUAGCUGAUCAUUUUGGAGGGAAACUUCAUUUAGGGUAUAUGCAGAUUCGUGAGAAGUUAGCAGAACUUCAAGAAGAAAGGAACAAAAGCCGAAAGACUGAUCGGCACGAGGACAGGAGGUCAAAAGAACGGAGUAGGGAUCGAGACAGGGAGUCAAGCAGGGACCGUGAACGUGGUGAUAGUCGUGAACGAGGGCGAGACCAUGAUCGUAGGAGUAGAGACCGUGACAGGCAUUAUGAUAGAGAUCGUGGACAUGAGCGAGACCGUGACAGAGACUCUGACCGCACUCGCUCCUAUGAAUCAAGAAGUCGUAGGAGGUCACGCUCUAGAUCUCGAGAGCGAUCUAGAGAUUAUGAUCGACAUAGGCGUCAUGAUCGAUAUUAGCAUUUGGUAUGAAUCUUAUGGAUAUGAGAAAAUGUUUAGUUUAGGUGGGUGUUGAACCUCAUGUUGGACAAAUAAUUUUGCAAUUUCUUGUGUUGAACUGUUUCUCCGAUGAUGGAUGUAGCUCGAGCUUAGGUGUAGCCUAAUAUGGUCUUGUGUUGCUUUGCAGAUAUUAAUUCAAUUUGUAAUCUGCCUUACUUUGGAGCAGUUCUUGCUAUUGUGCUUAAAAGUCCUAGUUUGAUUCGAAUUGCUA